GCUGACUGGUAGCAGUUUCAACAUCGGCAAUUUGAUCUAGACAGACACCGUUAAUUAAUUUAUACCCUCUAAAACAUGUUGUUACAUGAUUCAACGGAUAAGGAAGCAUCCUGAUGAUGUGGCUAGAAAGCAUGCAGAAAGUUUAAAAGUUGUAGAAAUGACAAAUUACCAGAACGUAAAACAGAAGGUGGUAAGUGUCUCUUUUAUUAUGAGCAUGCAAUAAUUAAAUGCAGACCUCAUAAGAUAGAAGAAGGAAAGAAAGGCUAGUUUUGUCGUUGGCGGAGGACAAAAAUACCAGAGCUAGCUGCUUUCUGCUUGCAAGAAAAGAAAUUAAUUAGCAUGAGCAUUUAUUUAUUUAUUUUAAUAAUAAUAAUAAUAGUACUAGUAGCAGCAGCAGUGGUUGACCCUGUUUUAUUAAUCGACUUAACUCAGGGGUAUUUAUGUAAUAUGGAGGGGAAGCUCAAGCCGAGUGCUUCGUCACACGUACGUAACUUAUGCAGGAGGGACAAAGCCGUAAAUAUCACAAACCAUAGGUAAGGAGCCGUAAUUUUGACAGAUGAAGCCGGGUUUCAUUUAUUUUAUUUUACUCUUUUUUACUUCCAUUUACCAGCCACAUUUCACCCUUCCUCCUCUUCAUCCCAACAAAACCCUCGCUCCACGCCGCAUCCCUUUCUUUUUUCUGAAUAAAAUACUACUGUUACUUAGGAAUUUGUACUAGUGUUACUAAUUUUCAUUUUUACUCAGAUGGAGCUUUUCGUCGGCUGCGGGGAAACGUUCCCUCAACGCGUGGCCCCAUUCCCUGAUUUAACGGCUAUAGAAUCAGCGGAGGAUUCAAUGAUGGGGGCUGGCCGUCCAAAUCUGCCGCCACGAAAACUGCGGCCGAUCAGGUUCAACGGGAGGUCUCCAGCGACCUCACUGGCGGAGGAUCCCUCGGAGUUCAUAGAGGCAGUUGAACUUGUGGGUGAUGACGUGUGUGCGGUGAACGGAGAUUCUGGUGAGUACUUGGAGCCUCCUAUUAUAGCAGAAGUUGGUGACGUGGUGGAUACUGGCGUCAGCGGCGGAGGAGAGGAGCCGCCAAUCUCGGAGCAGGGAGGGGAGUCUUCUAGCAGCUCAUCUUCAGAUAGUGAUGAUAAUGGUUUGUCAGCAAAUGCAAGUGAACCUUUAAAUAGGAAUAGAAAGCGGAAAAGACGGAAAAGAAUUGAGCUUUUCUUGGAAAAUUUGGUCAUGAAAGUGAUGGAGAAGCAGGAACAGAUGCAUAAGCAGUUGAUUGAGAUGAUUGAGAAGAGGGAAAGGGAGAGAAUAAUUAGAGAGGAAGCAUGGAAACGGCAGGAGAUGGAAAGGAUCAAAAGGGAUGAGGAGGCAAGAGCUCAAGAGACAUCUCGUAGCAUAGCUAUCAUCUCCUUUAUCCAGAAUGCUUUGGGCCAUGAAAUUGAAAUACCUAUACAAUCAACUACUUCAUGCAUGGAGGAAAAUGGAGGCAAAGACUUGAGUGAAGAUCACAUUCAAAUGGACAUGAUUAAUCCGUGUGAUCCAAUAAAUAGAUGGCAAGAAGGGACUAUGCAAGCCAAUGGGGGUGAAAUUCAUGUUCACAAAGACGUUGGCUUCAACUGUGAUCCAAAUAAUAGAAGAUGGCCAGAUGCUGAAGUGCAAGCCCUGAUAAUGCUUCGAAGCGCUUUGGAACAUAAAUUACAUGUUACGGGCUUCAAAUGCUCCAUAUGGGAUGAGAUAUCUGUUGGGAUGUAUGGUAUGGGCUACUGUCGAAGUGCGAAGAAGUGUAAAGAGAAAUGGGAAAAUAUCAACAAGUAUUUCAGAAAGUCUAUGGCAAGUGGUAAGAAGCAUCUCGAGAAUAGUAAGAGAUGCGCAUAUUUUCAUGAGUUGGACAUGCUGCACAAGAAUGGACUUGGUGGGAGUCCAACAAACCAUGACAACUGUACCAAAGAUGAGAAUGAGGACAGGGUUGGUUGAAAGCCUGAAAGGUAGUGAAUGCCAAUACAUUAGGAUUGGGAUGGUUGUGACUGCAGGGACCUCCAUGUAUAUUCUGAAAGGUGAAUGCGGUAGGCACCUUGGACUUCUGAUUCUAUUUCCAUAUCCAAUUUUUUGUGAAAAACUAUCCUGGGUCGUUGACAUAAAGCUCUCGUUCUGUUAAUUGUUGUCUGUAUAUAAAAGAGGGUAAUUAGACCCAAAACAUCUGCCCAUAAUUUUUCCUUCUGAGGAACAAGAUGACGAUUCAUUUGUCUGUUUUCUUCAUUAAAAAACAAAAAAGUUUUCUCAUAAGUACAUAAUCGCCCUGUCAAUCCUAAAGAUAUGAGAUUUACGUUCUAUUCUGUAGAAAGCAACAAUAAAAUAAUAUAGUAUUAUUAAGAAAUUAACAAGAAAUGAAAAGAACGAAGAAGAAACAAUGAAACAUGGAUCGAUCAUCGUUCGGAGGCA